AUGAAAGAUUAUAAGUCAGCGUUGGAAUCACAUCAACAUGCUCUUCAAAUCAGAUUAAAACUGUUUGGAGAAGACCAUUCUGACACUGCUGCAAAUUAUGACAACAUUGGUGACACACAACAUGAGAUGAAAGAUUACAAGUCAGCAUUGGAGUCCAAACAAAAAGCUCUUCAAAUCAGAUUAAAACUGUUUGAGGAAGGCCAUUCUGACACUGCUACUGUAGAAGUUAUGACAGCAUUUCAGUUACACAACACGUGA